AUGGCAGCAUACUACAAUCGAGUCUUUAAUGGCCGUUCAUAUAUAUGGAUAUUUGUAAAAUUAAAUCAAGUGAUUGGGUCCAGACCAACAAUUUUUAGAUUAAUUAGUGCUCUGAUUGAGUUAGAUCGCGCGAAAUUUGGAAAUGCAAUCGAUAAAAUAUUACUAGAGUCCGACUUUGAGCAGUUGAGAAAUGAAAAAACGUCGCUUCGUGAGGAACGUAAUAAAAUCAAGAAAAGGCUAGAAGACCGUAAACCCAUGUUGGGGAAGAUGAAAGAAGGUUUAGUAGCAAAGGUAAACAACCAUCCUUUUCGCCGGUUUUGUUUAAUUUGAUA